CGAUGAUAUUCAAGUUGGUUUAGUGCAUCAAUUGUCAUAAUAAACUCGCCUGUGUUUAUGAAUAAUUCUGUAUAGUUUACAUUAACAAGGUGGCCUGACAGACUGGUGAACAGAUUUUAAGAGGCUUUUUGAGGUGUGUUAUCCCAUAAAAACUUGAAAAGCAUUGAGUUGAUUUCGUUGAGUCUUUGUUUAGGGACACGUUCAAAGAUGACAACCAAGAUGCAACUUGUGAAACCAGACGGAUCCAUUCUGGAAGUGCAGUUUGCCAAAGGCUUACACUAUUGGGCCGACCUACAACUACCCGAGGGGGAUCUAGCCGCACAUAUCGACAACGUUUUGAACUUCCCAGUAAGAGAGGAUGACAUCUACUUGGCCACGUACCCCAAAUCUGGAACCCACUGGGUGUGGGAGAUCAUUCUCAUGCUGCAGAAGAGAAGCACCGAUUACGAAAAGAAGGUCAAGGAGUUCGCUUUUCUCGACUUUCGUGACCUUACCACAGUCGCAGAUCUGCCGUCGCCCCGGGUUCUGAACUGCCACUAUCCGUGUCACCUUACGCCUAAGGAAGUACUCAGUCAAGGCAUCAAGAUUGUGCACGUUCAGCGUAAUUUCAAGGACGUGUGUGUAUCCGCCUAUCACCACCUGAAGGGCUUUGGGCAUUACACAACAGGCGCAUUUGAUGAGUUUUUACCAAUAAUGCUUGGAACCUAUGGCACAUAUUUUCUUUGUUCUUGGUGCGAGUAUGUGCGACAAUGGGAGAUAUUUACCAAGGCUCAUCCGGAUCAAAUCAUCAACAUCUACUUCGAAGAUUUAAAAAAGGACUCUGUCCACGAGAUACGUAAGUUAAACACAUUUCUUGGAACUGGCUGUGAAGAGGCAUUGCUGGAAAAGAUAGCGCUGGCGUGCUCGUUCCAUAACUUGAAGAAAGCAGACGCGGAGUUCAAAGAAAACCCAUUCGCGAAGCUCGAGCGCUUUGACAUGUACAGGAAAGGCGAUGUGGGAGACUGGAAGAACUACUUUACUGUGGCCCAAAGUGAAGAAGUGGACAGAUGGAUUUCCGAAAAUCUACCAGAUACACAACUGGCCUUCAGAUAUUCACUUUAAACUUUGAUAUGGGUGCAUGCGUCAGUGAACAAACUCAAAAAGUCUCAACACAUUUUACGCUUAUUAUGAACUCAAGAACAAUCGUUCAACAAAUUAAUUGUUUAAACAGACAUUAACAAAACAAUAGUACAUAUUCUUAUAUAAAUAUAUAUUAGAUUUAUGAUAAGACCUUUCUUCAUUAGAACGUACAGGAGAUACAGAAAACAAGAGGGUGUGAUGGCGCUCCCUAGACAGCAUUGUCAAAUAUAAAGAAUUAACCUGGUGACCUAGAUUUUACAUCAUUUUAUCACAUGCUAUACCCUGUUUCCCAUGUAAUACAACCCUUACAUAUUUUUUUUUAUUACACAUGUGUAAUGCAACAUUUUUAAGCGUUUUCAUUGGCUUAAAUUUCGUUUAUUGACCAA